CUAUUUGUAUUAAAUUUCUCGAAAAAAGAAGCUAAAUUUACUUUCUUUAGAUAAAAAGUUUUGUGCUUUGUCAGGAAAAAAAUAUAGUUCAUCAGAUUUAGCUGGAAUGUAAGAUCUACAUUAGAAAUAAAGAAAUUUGGCCUCGUGCUUAGCAAUGGAGGUAGAUCUAAAUGAAUGUUGACUGAAAAAAUAGACACGCUUUUAUAAAAACCUAAUAAAUGGAUGUAAGUAUAUAAAGAAAUAUUUAGCUGGACAAACAAUUUGAGAUUAUUCCAGCUUGUCUAAUGUAGUCUAUAGGUCAAAGAAAGUUAAAGUGAUGCUGAACGCCCAUUCUCAAUAAAAUAAAGCAUUUGAGGUUGAAAAAUAUUAAAAAUUUGAUGUUGUCAUUGUGUCACUUUUUUAUCGCUGAGAAAAAAGUUUAGGGUAUUUUGCAAGUUUGCCAGAAAUAUUUUGAACAAGAAACUAUGAUAUAACGGGAUGGCAUUUAUUUCGGUAAUGACACUGUAUUUCUUCGGUAACGUAGAUUUCAGAUCUAAUAAUGUAACAUAUUGGCUGCAUAUUAACAACAAAUGUCUUUAAAAUAUAUCAAAAUCUGUAAAUUCUCUAUCUAGAGGGACUUUCUAACCCAGGAAAAGUCAAGGAAGUUGGGUACCUUGCUAAUUUCAAUUAAUUUCUUCAAAGUUAAAUAUUCGUAGAAAGCAAAAAUAGUCAAUUUUGGAAAUGAUUAUUUUAUGUCUUCAUUCAAAGGAUAUCAUAUAUAUCAUAUAUAAUAUAUGAGAGGUCGAAUGCAUACACAAAUGUUGUAUUAGCAAUUUUUUUCAAAACAUUCAACUUUUAACUUUCUUAAUAUUUGGAAAAUUUAUUGCUAAGCAGUUCUAUAUUUAUCCCUAUAUAGGAUGUCACGUAUGUUUCAUUUUAUUCAAAUGCAAGUUAAGGUUGAGAAAACAAUUUUAUUUUUUGUAAAAUAAUGUAUAUUUAUGGAUAUUAUUUUAACAUUAUUAUAUAUAGAAUGAAAUACGGCCAGUAAGCUCUUUGCAGAAACGAAUUAGUUGUUGCUGAGAACAUCAAUAUCUUGUAAAAUAUUUUUAACCUUUCUGCUGGUACAUCAACAUAUUAUUAACAUAUCUUUCCUUUGUAAAAACAAUUUUGUAUCUUCUUACAUCUAAUACAAGAUAACCGUUACUAACGGGCAUGAUUAUCCCAACUUUAUCUUUAAUUUUCAAAAAUUGUUGAAUUGUAAGUUGGAGUAACGUAUGUUUCACACUCGCUUAUUUAUGAACUUAAUCACGGAAUUGAAACUUACAUGUAAAAUCAACUGUUUUAUUUAGGAAUCAAAUGCACAUCAUUCUAUUGUCAUAAAAAUGCGAUUUUAUGUUCUUAUAUAUGCAUGUGUAAACAAUAUAAAGUCUGUUUGAUAAAAGUAACGUUCGUUUCACUGUGGUUACUUAAACAAGUUAAAACUCCACCAAAGUUAUCAAAAUUUACUUACUAAUGUCAAAUAGAAGUUAAUGUUGCUGUUAUACGUGCUUUCUGGCUUCAAUUUCCCUUUUUAUAAACUUACUUUAAAAAGUUGAUAACGUUUGUUUCUGUAAGUUUAACGUAUGUUUCAUGUUUACAUUGAAAGUGGGUUAAAAAAUGACGCAAGACCGUUUAACCCGCCAUAAUUUGCGGUUAAUAUAUCAGAGUUACACACAUGUUAAUUUUCUUUCUUGUUUGGAUUCUUCUUUAAAUGGCUUGGCUCUUAAAUAAUGGUAACGUAUGUUUCUUUUUAAAAUGCUGUUGAAAAAGAUUUGAAUAAAAAAUGAAAAUUUCCAAAAAUAUAAUGAUAUUUGAGAGGCUGCAAGCUUAUUUUACUUAUAAUUAUAUAUAUGCUGUAUUAUUAAGCAUGCAUCGAUUCAAUUAUGUAAUUUCGGUUCCACUUAUUAUUGUUUAAGGUUUGUCACUAUUUAUUUAUAUGCAUUUGGCGACAUUUGAUCAUCAAUUAUAUCAAUGAGAUUUUAACGGUCAAAUAUAAUUUUUACCAAUAAUCAAAGUUCAUAUACACACAUCAAUGACUAAUUGCACAUGUUUCGUUUAUUCUGGAACUUAAAUUUCUGAGACACAAUUUCAAAGUUGAAAAUUCUAGGUGGCGACAGUAACGUAUGUUACAUUUUAGGGCAUUAAUGGUACUUGUAAAAGAAAAAUAACAGAUAGAAAUGUAAAACUGAGAGUGUCCCUAUUAGACAAAGUGGCAGCCACCUUUCUAACGACAUGUUGACCUCAAGAAAAACCUUCGUAUAAGAGCUACCCAGUGGAACAUCAAAUGCUGUGUUUUAUUGAGAAUGGGCGUGAAGCAGGUUUGCUGGUAGGGUUUUCGGACCUGGUAAUUUUCAGCCCGUAUGUUAUCGCAUUGGCAAUUAGUAUUACGAAAAGGCGCAUAAAAUUUUUUAUAGCUGAAAACAUUUAUACAGUACUGAAGUUUAUACAAAAUAGAUUCAGACUUGCCUAAACCAAAUACGAUAUAGUUCUAUGAUGAAUUUGCUGUUUUUUGGUGUAAAUUUACAGUCUAUCUUUUUAUUUUUCAUAUAUCAUUCUGAAUGGUUUGCAUUUGACUGAAAAAUGCCACGGAAAAGAGCACUAUUGGCGACUCAAGUCAACCAGAAAAGGGCAAAACGUAUUAGAUCUAAUAGUAAUACAGCAGGUAUACAGCAGAAUUCUUUCGGUGUACAGUGCUCUAUGGUCACAGAGGGUCCUCUAAAUAGCACUAUACAAAAUCAGACAUUGCCAUCGGAAACAAAUCCAGUCACCAGUCAGAACAUAUCUUGUUCUACAGAACAACAACAUGGAACAUGUAGUUCAUUCUCGGGUGGUCCUUCAUUCACAGGUGUUGAUAACCAGGGUAUAACACCCAAUGUGCACUGUAUCACAUCUCCUUAUUUGGGCACAUCUACAAGGGACUAUGGAUACCAAUAUAACCUUGGUUAUGAUCAAAAUAUUGGCACAACUCAGUACCUGGACACAACAGGUUAUUAUCAUCCACAACCUCAGACACAGACAACACAUGUUAAUUAUGGUCCAGUAUGCCAAGAUGGAAUUUACACCUAUCCCCAGGCUCAGAUAGCACCUACAUAUUGUCCAGGUGGUAAUCCAAUACAACAACAUACCUUGUGGCAACCACAGGCUCAGACCGCAUCAGCUGACCAGACUGCUAUAUCGGGAAUAAAUAACACACAUGUGUGGAUUAUUGGUUCAUCUAUUAUAAGGGAUGCCUUCUAUCAUGCCAAACAAAGGUAUGGGAAGGACCUCGAUCUAGAAAAUACAACUAUUACCUGGAAAUUUAAGUCUGGUUUGCUAACUGAAGGCCUACUUCAUGAGUUUAAUACAAUGUUGAAUUGUAAUAAAUUACCGUUUGCCAUAAUUAUACAUUGUGGAGGCAAUAAUAUUGGGAAAACCCCUUUAGACUAUUGUAAAUGGCUACUUACAAAUAAUUUUGCCACUGUAUUAUCUAGUAUUCCUGGAGUACGUCUUGUCUGGUCCGGGGUUCUUCCAAGAUUAUAUUAUAGAGGAGAAAAUAACCACAAAAAGUUGGAUAAGGCUAAAAAAAGAUUAAAUAGUUCUUUGGCUAAAUUAUGUAUUACAAACGGUGGUGGAUAUAUUAGGUAUCCAGAUAUUCAAGAGUCUCAGGAAUUCUUUAGAGAUAAUGUUCAUUUAUUUGCUAAGGGUCUUGACAUUAUGGUUGACACUCAGGAAUGGGAUUUACAAUAUCAUCUUUACAGGCAUUAACUGUUUUCCGUAGCAUAUUUAAAUCCGGCUGACAGUGACAGUUUCCGAAUCAUCACCCCCAUACGGUUAGUUUCUUAUGGCGGGGCUUGCUCUUUGUUGGCUACUUUCCAGCCAAAUGAGCUGCGCCUUUGGCUUAAUGUCGAUUCGUACUGUCACUUAUAACAUUACAUUAUAUUUAUGUAUAACACAUUUCAUAUAUAGUAAGAUACAAUUGCAGGGUAAAUAUUAAGCUUUAUCAUCAUUGAUGAAUUUUAAAUACAUUUAUGCAGUGUAAUUUUAAUUACUUCCGAUAUUCCGGUGUUCUGCAUCCGAUUUUCCGGAGUAAUAUUACAAGCUGCCGAUAGUCCGGAGCCAGUUCUUCUCCCGAUUUUCCGGAGUAAUGUGAUCGCCAUAUAGCCUUUCUUAUAAGGAAGCGCGAUUCACAUAUUAUGUUUAGCUCACGAUGUUCCGGAGCUACUCUACUGUCUAAACGUACUUCCGAUUGAUCCGGAGUUACUACUUUACGACUACACUG